AUGUCGGACGAAGGAAUCAGGCCGCCAGCGCGGAAGCUGGACGAGUUCGAGGAGCUCGUCUACGAGUAUACGAAUCGCAUGGGCUUGGGCAACGAAGAGCACUGGGACGUCAACGCCCGGGACUGCAACCUCCGCUUCGAGUCUGCGACCCGCGGUCCCCCAGCCAAAGUCUCCUUCCUCCUCAACAUCACCCCAGCACUGAGCAACUACAUGGGAAAUCUGCACGGCGGAUGUGCGGCGACACUCAUCGACGUCCUAUCAACCACCAUUCUUCUGGGCAUUUCCGAGCCAGGCAAAUUCUCAUUUGGUGGUGUUAGCCGCAACCUCAAGGUGACGUAUCUACGCCCUGUGCCGACGGGGAUAGAGGCGCGCGUUGUAUGUGAGGUUAUCCAUGUCGGUAAGCGGCUUGCGCUGCUAAGGGCGGAGAUUCAAAAGGCGGAUACUGGGGAUGUAUGUGUGGUUGGAGAACAUGAGAAGGCGAAUACGGAUCCUGAAGUGAACCAGAGGAUUUAG